UGUUUGUUAUUUCUCGCUUAAUUUCAAGAAACCCAGUUUGUCUCCGAAACUUCCGAAAAAUAUCCAGCGACUGGAGUUUUAAACAUGAAACUUCGGAACAUACUGUGCCGAAUAAAGAACAGAAGAAACAUCAACUAGUAUACGUACUUGAGGACAGACAUCGAUUCUAUUCAAGAAUGGAUAUGUUUCUUUCUUGCUUUUGUCCUGCUGGGUUAACAUUUACAACGCUUAUUGUUGCGUUUCAAAUUCCGAGAGCGGAUCUUCUUCAAAUAUCACUUGUGUUUUCACUUUUGGGGUUUAUUAACUACUUACAUAGUGCUAGAAAGCACUAUCGAACAAUCGCCCGACUAGAGUUCAGCAGAGACGAACAGAAAUACUACAUGUGGUUAAACAAAGAGAUCAGGUCAAAGGCAAUUGCGCAAGUCGCUCCUUUCUCGGCUGAAGACACUGUAUUUGACAGCUCAGUUUUCCAAUUUUCAAUGCCGCGAUACCUCAAAGUCAAAGGGCGCAUGGGCAAAUACCAUUUCCACCCACGUGGUAUAUUCGACUCAAAAUUUCUAGCUUCUUGGACUAAGAGCAGCCGGAAGUAAAUCUUUCUGAACCAGCAAUUGUACAUUUGAAA